AUGGCCUUCGCCAACUUCCGACGCAUCCUGCGCCUUUCCACCUUCGAGAAGCGCAGGUCCAAGGAGUACGAGCACGUCCGCCGGGACCUGGACCCCAACGAGGUGUGGGAGAUCGUCGGGGAGCUGGGCGACGGCGCCUUCGGCAAAGUGUACAAGGCCAAAAACAGAGAGACAGGCGCCUUAGCUGCUGCCAAAGUCAUUGAGACCAAGUAUGAAGAUGAACUGGAGGACUACAUGGUGGAGAUUGAGAUCCUCGCGACUUGUGACCACCCUUACAUUGUAAAGCUGCUGGGAGCCUUUUAUUAUGACAGCAAACUGUGGAUCAUGAUUGAGUUUUGCCCUGGUGGAGCAGUGGAUGCAGUUAUGCUAGAGCUGGAUCGAGGCCUGACUGAACCCCAGAUCCAAGUGAUGUGCCGCCAGAUGCUAGAAGGCUUGAACUAUCUCCACAACAAGAAGAUUAUCCAUCGAGACUUAAAGGCAGGCAAUGUACUGCUGACCCAGGAGGGAGAUAUCAAGCUUGCGGACUUUGGAGUAUCUGCCAAAAAUAUAAAGACUUUGCAAAGACGGGAUUCUUUCAUUGGCACACCAUACUGGAUGGCUCCUGAGGUGGUAAUGUGUGAAACUAUGAAAGACACCCCAUAUGACUACAAGGCUGACAUCUGGUCCUUGGGCAUAACACUGAUAGAAAUGGCCCAGAUAGAACCUCCUCAUCAUGAGCUCAAUCCCAUGAGGGUCCUCCUGAAAAUAGCCAAGUCCGACCCUCCCACUCUUAGCUAUCCCUCAAAGUGGUCUCCAGAAUUCAACGACUUCCUGAAGACAGCCCUUGAUAAGAACCCUGAGACACGGCCGAAUGCAGCUCAGUUGCUGGAGCACCCCUUUGUCAGCAAAGUCACUAGUAACCGAGCCCUACGCAGACUUGUCGCAGAGGCGAAGGCCGAAGUCAUGGAGGAAAUAGAAGACAAUAGAGAGGAAGGAGAAGAGGAUGACUCAUCAGAAUCUGCAUCUCUUCAUGGCAACAAGAGAGACUUCUCUGUUGCAAGUCAACUAAGUUUGGAAGGAGAGAAGUCUCUGGAAAACCACUCAUUGUCGCUUGUGGCCAAUGGACCCGAGUUACCUUUGGAGCAAGUCAAGGAAGCCAUUAAUGGACAGGGCAACCAGAUUUCAAUUGGAGGGGUUGGUGACGAGAACUCAGAAAAGAACAUUAACGGUUCAGACUUGUCUGGGGUAGAGGAUGGCAAAGAUCUGCCCCAAAGCCAAGAAAAGCCAGCCGCCGAUUUUCAGUUGCACCUCCUUGAAGAAAAAGUAGAACCAGCAGAGAACAGGGACCACUUUGACCACCUGAUUAAAGACAGUGAACCAGCAAGCAAAGGCGAUUCCGAUGGUGGAAGCCAGCCAGAGAGCAGCCUCCUUGAAAUACCUACUGAAGAAAAACUUGCCAAUGGGUGUUUGAAUUUGUCCUCUCAGUUUGAAAAUGGCAGCUCAAAGAGGGAGUCCGAUUCUGGUAGCACCUCUGCCUCAGAUAGCAUCGAUCUCAGCAACUCCUUGUCUGCUGACUUGUCUCUGAACAGAGGCAGUGGGUCACUCUCCCUAAAGGACUCAAAAACGCAAAAGAUGACACUGAAACGAACCAGGAGAUUUGUGGUGGAUGGAGUAGAAGUGAGCGUCACCACAUCAAAAAUCAUCAGUGAAGAUGAGAAGAAAGAUGAGGAGAUGAGAUUCCUCAGACGUCAGGAGCUGCGUGAACUACGGCUGCUUCAGAAAGAGGAGCAUCGGAACCAGACACAGCUGAACAGCAAACACCACAUGCAGUUAGAGCAGAUGCUGAAGCGCUUUGAACAGGAAAUGAAUACAAAAAAGAAAUUUUACGACACUGAACUUGAAAAUCUAGAACGCCAGCAGAAGCAGCAAAUUGAAAAGAUGGAGCAAGAUCACGCUACGCGCCGACGUGAAGAAGCAAAACAUAUUCGGGCUGAGCAGGAGCGAGAGUAUGCUAAAUUUCAAGAGCAGCUGAAGCAAAAAAAGAAGGAGGUCAAGAAUGACAUGGAAAAGCUUCCACGGCAACAGCGCAAGGGGACCAUGAAGGUGAAGAUGGAGGAGUUUACCCAGAAGAAACAAGUCCUGGAACAGGAGUUUCUGGCCAAACAGUCUGAGGAUCUGGAACAGGCCAUGAAUAAUAUCACAACCCAGAAUCGAAAGGAGAUCUGCGACAAGGAGCGGGAAUGCCUUAACAAGAAACAGCAGCUCAUGAGAGAUCGGGAAGCCACCGUCUGGGAACUAGAAGAGCACCAUCUACAGGAGAAACACCAACUUAUUAAACAGCAGCUGAAAGAUCAGUAUUUCCUUCAAAGACACGAACUGCUCCGAAAACAUGAGAAGGAGCGUGAGCAGAUGCAGCGGUAUAACCAGCGAAUGAUAGAACAGCUAAAGAUUCGGCAACAGCAAGAGAGAGGCCGUCUCCCCAAAAUCCAGAGAAGUGAAGGGAAGACCCGUAUGGCCAUGUAUAAGAAGAGUCUCCAUAUCAAUUCCAGUGGAAGUCCCUCCGAACAGAGGGAAAAAAUAAAACAGUUCGCUCAGCAGGAGGAAAAGAGGCAGAAAGCAGAGCGAUUGCAACAGCAGCAGAAACAUGAGAUGCAGAUGAAGGAUAUGAUUGCCCAGUGUGAGAGCAACAUGAAUGAACUCCAGCAGUUACAGAACGAGAAGUGUCACCUUUUAGUUGAACACGAGACCCAGAAAUUGAAGGCCUUGGAUGAAAACCACAACCUGAACCUGAAGGAGUGGCGAGAUAAGCUGAGGCCGCGCAAGAAGGCAUUGGAAGAGGAACUGAAUCAGAAGAAGCGCGAGCAGGAGAUGUUCUUCAGACUCAGUGAAGAGGCCAAUGGUCACACUCCAGCCUCACCAAACAAACCAGCCAAAUUUGUCCCAUUCAACUCUGCAGAGACUUCGUAACCCUUGAAUUAGCAGGCAAGGUU